AGAAGAAGAUUUUGGGACGAUCAAGCAUGCUGACAACGAUAUGGCAAAUGAAAAUCCAUCUACGAACUCCGAUCUCGAAUUGGCGGUACUUCGAUUUCUGUUCCGUUUUCGUUCUUGCGUUCAUACCAACUUAAGUUUGAUCGAUUUGCUUAUUAGGAUUAUGUUCGCUGUACUUUGUAGUGUUAACCGGAAUGAGCAUGAAAGCGUAGAUCUGGAUUUAAGGUUUAGUAGUGUGCUACAAUAUGAAAUUUUGACUGUUAAAGGCUCUUUUAUUGUGCAGAUCCCACUUGUGGAGGACUUAGAAGCAGUGGUGACAGAUUCUAAUGAAGAGCAUGAUGAGUUUGCCUCAGAGUUUAGUUGUGAAACUGGUAGUGCUAAUACUGAUUCUGAGACAGUAAUAGUGAUCCCACUUGUGGAGGACUUAGAAGCAGUGGUGACAGAUUCUAAUGAAGAGCAUGAUGAGUUUGCCUCAGAGUUUAGUUGUGAAACUGGUAGUGCUAAUACUGAUUCUGAGACAGUAAUAGUGAUCCCACUUGUGGAGGACUUAGAAGCAGUGGUGACAGAUUCUGAUGAAGAGCAUGAUGAGGUUCACCUAUUUGACGUUGACGGGUUUCGUCAAAAAAGAAGGGAGCAUCGAGACCUAGUGAAAAAGAAAAAGGCCAGAAAAUUUCUUCCCAGAAUGAUGUCUGAUUACCUUGGCUCUACUAAGAGGACAACUGAAAAGCUUGCAUCUGUAGCUUCAACCGAGUCUGAGAUAGAAAUAGCUUCAACCGAAUCUGUUGCUUCAACCGAAUCUGUUGCUUCAACCUCGGAGUUUAUUAGUGAAACUGAUAAAACAGAAGCAGUUAUUCCACCUAUGGAGGUCAAGAACUCAGAUGAGACAGUACCAGCGAUUGCACUUGUGGAGGACUUAGAAGCAGUGGUGACAGAUUCUAAUGAAGAGCAUGAUGAGUUUGCCUCAGAGUUUAGUUGUGAAACUGGUAGUGCUAAUACUGAUUCUGAGACAGUAAUAGUGAUCCCACUUGUGGAGGACUUAGAAGCAGUGGUGACAGAUUCUAAUGAAGAGCAUGAUGAGUUUGCCUCAGAGUUUAGUUGUGAAACUGGUAGUGCUAAUACUGAUUCUGAGACAGUAAUAGUGAUCCCACUUGUGGAGGACUUAGAAGCAGUGGUGACAGAUUCUGAUGAAGAGCAUGAUGAGUUUCACCUAUUUGACGUUGACGGGUUUCGUCAAAAAAGAAGGGAGCAUCGAGACCUAGUGAAAAAGAAAAAGGCCAGAAAAUUUCUUCCCAGAAUGAUGUCUGAUUACCUUGGCUCUACUAAGAGGACAACUGAAAAGCUUGCAUCUGUAGCUUCAACCGAGUCUGAGAUAGAAAUAGCUUCAACCGAAUCUGUUGCUUCAACCGAAUCUGUUGCUUCAACCUCGGAGUUUAUUAGUGAAACUGAUAAAACAGAAGCAGUUAUUCCACCUAUGGAGGUCAAGAACUCAGAUGAGACAGAAGUAGUGGGGAUCUCAGCCUCUGAGUUUAGUAGUGAAACUGAUAAAACAGAAGCAGUGAUUCCACCUAUGGAGGUUGAGAACUCAGAUGAGACUUCUUCAUUCUUGACUUCUUCUUCAUCUGAUGUGGAAAAGAAUAGACGAGGGCGAGCCCAAGGCCGAGUUCCGCCAAAUAGGCAGCGUCAAUUUAAGAAGAAGAAGUGUGAGGUUAAGAGGAGGGAGAAGCUUAAGCACACAUUUUUCAACCCGUGAGCUUCUUCAAGAGGGAAUCGUUGAGAUGUUACUUCUUUUCGGGAUUUUCAUUUGGUAUGUUUCUGAUUGUGAGGAUUUCGAUCGAAAAUGCUACUUUAAAAUUCUUGCUCUGCAUUUAUCCAUUGAUCAUCACAGUCCAAGAAAAAACAUUUCUUUGA